AUGUUAACUAGUAAUGUGUGUGGACAAUUUGAAAAUAUGCGGAAGUUUUUUCUCGAUGAAUUGAGUGAUUCUGGAAAUUAUAUAUUUACAAAGAAUUUUUUUAAAGAAUAUUGCUCUGAUAAUAAUUGUGACAGUGAUAUCAAUAAGAUUGAUGCUGGAUGUUUAUGGUUAUUUAAUAAAUUUUAUGGUAAUCGUAAUAGUUUUUCGAAUUAUGCAGAUGACAAGGUUGAUAUUGUUGUAUACUUUAUGAUGUGGUUAGCCUAUAAAUUAAAUCAAAAGUCAAAUGCACAAUUCCCCAAUCUUAAUGAAUUUUAUAGUAAGUAUAUGCAAAAUGCCGAUGAGUACAAAAAACCUAUAAAUGGUGUUACAGGGUAUACAAGCUAUAUUGAUCUUAUAAAUAAACAUAAUUAUUUGGUGAAUAUUUCUAAUGAAAAUCUGUCUAAAUUUUAUGAUUUAUUUAAAAAAUUAUGCAAUAUGAUUAAUAAUUCUGAUAAAAGAGAAACAUAUUUAGAAAAAGCUAAUGAAUUUGGUGUUGAAUAUGAAAAACUCUUUAAUGUUAAUGUUAAUGAUACUGAAGAUAGCUCAUAUACUAGAAUAUUGUCUAUAUUAUCAAAUGAUUAUACUAAUUAUGGAAAGACUAUUGCUAAUCCUAAAAUGCGAAAUAUAUUACCAAAACUUGUAACGGAAAAAAAAAUAUCACAAGUUUCUGAAUCAAGUCCUAAUGAUACACAAAUGGAUGUCUCCUCGAGUGGAAUAUCAACAUCAAUUUCUGGAAUUGAAGUAUCAAGCUCUGAAACUGAACCAUCAGAUUCUGAUUCAGUAUCCCCAAGUUCAUCGAUAUUAAAUAAAUUAAUUUUAAUUCCAAUCAUAUUUGUUGCAACAUUAAUUUCAUUAGGAAUUGCAUAUAAGUAUUCGUUAUUUGGAUUUCGGAAACGAUCUCAAAAACAAUAUUUAAGAGAAAAGCUAAAAAAUUAA